AUGAAGAAAUCUGCAAAAAUACCAUCUUUUAGAAUGAAAUCUGCUACUUCGAAAGUGGUGACAGCGCUAGAUGUUUCGGUGGUGGUGUUUGCGUGCACGGCCGGAGUUGGUUGCGGCUUAUGGGGAUUGCGUUCAACGCGUGAACUGAAUACGCGACUAAGGAAGAUUGACGAUUCGUUGCACUCAUUUUCGAAUUUCAAGCGCGAUCACAUAUUGGCAAUAGUAAUGAUGUCAGUGCCUUUGAUAGCAAUUUCUUUGCUCCUAGCGCUUGACAUUUCGACUUGGCUACGUUUUGCCAUAGGCGAGAGAACUCCCGAAGACGACACAGAAAUAAAUGUGCAAUGGUACAUACCCUUUUAUAGUCUUUAUUUCAUAUUAACUGGCUUGCAAAUGAACUUUGCUAAUACUGCUUUUGGUCUUGGCAGACGCUUUCGGCGACUAAAUGUGAUGUUGAAGAGCACUUUUCUUAAAGUCGAAAACAGCAAGAAGGACGCUUCAUCGAUGCCGCUAAUAACUACUGUCAAAGUUGUGUCCCAAAAUCCGUUGGCUUUGCAUCAAAGUUUGAACAAAUUUGCGAAUGAAACUAUGCAAAAGGAUGGAGGUGGAGGUAAGGAAAGCAAAAAUAAAGUCGUCUUGCUUAAAAUGCUUGAGGAAAACCACGAGUCCCUGGGAAAAUGCAUGCGUUUGGUUUCCAACUCCCAUGGCGUUGCUGUACUUUUCAUAUUGGUCUCUUGUCUACUGCACUUGGUGGCCACGGCAUAUUUCCUGUUUCUCGAAUUGCUUAGCAAGAAAGACAGCGGCAUGGUAUGGCUACAAGUGUUGUGGAUUAUUUUCCAUUCACUGCGCUUAAUUUUGGUUGUAGAGCCAUGUCAUUUGGCGACAGUGGAGUCCAAAAAAACAAUACAAAUAGUGUGCGAAAUUGAGCGCAAAGUACACGAUCCAAUAUUGGCAGAGGAGGUGAAAAAGUUCUGGCAACAAUUACUUGUUGUUGAUGUGGAAUUUUCUGCCAUUGGCCUGUGUCGUGUUAAUAGAACCCUAUUGACAUCGUUCAGCUCGGCUAUUUGCACAUAUCUAGUAAUUCUAAUACAAUUUCAAAACACUAAUGGUUAAACAAACUGAAUUUUACAGUUGAAUAUCAAAUGAAUACAAAUAAUAUAUAUGCAGAAAGUAAUUUGUA